CCAGCUGAGGCUGCGCUCAGAGCAGCGCAAGAAGGAGGAGGAGGCGGCUCUAGGCGGCGCUGCUCUCGCCGGGAAGAAGAGCCCGCUUUGGGGCUUAUGGGCGAGGCUGCAGGAGCAGGAAGAGGAGGCCUGGCCAUGGCUCAGGCUCCGCGGAGCCAGCAAUGCUGGCUGUGAAGAACGAGUGGCCCCCCGGAGGGGCUUCUCGGCUACAAGGAGACGUUUCUCCACCUUAUAAAUGGCUAUCAGUUGAGUGAAAGAUACAAUAUGUUCUGACAAUUUAGGAAUAUACAAGAUUAAAUGAAUCAAGCAUGGAAAAAAUAUACAAAAUUAUUUCCCAAGAAGAAUAACUAAGUUGUGAAGAUUAAAAAAAAACCCAACCUACUAUGGAAACACAGUGACUUCAGCCUUAUUCCUUAUGUUGAUGGCUUUGGCCUACUGAGAAAUGUUUUUUGCAUUUUCAAGAAAAAAUGUGUCCCAGAAAUUGAGUUUACUGUUGCUGGUGUUUGGCUUUAUCUGGGGGCUAAUGUUACUGCGCUACACCUUUCAACAUCCGAGGCAACAGAGCAGUGCUGAGUUGCGUGAGCAAAUUCUUGACUUAAGUAAAAAAUACGUCAGAGCACUGGCAGAAGAAAACAAAAAUAUAAUGAAUGGUGGUAAUGGCGUUUCAAUGGCAGGAUAUGCUGAUCUCAAAAGAACAAUUGCAGUUCUUCUGGAUGACAUCUUGCAACGCUUGGUCAAACUGGAAAACAAGAUUGAUUACAUGGUUGUAAAUGGCUCAACAACAAAUACUACAAAUGGGAACUUGGUACCAGCAACUACAAGCAAACGAGUAAAUACAGCAAGCAACAUAAGAUAGCAUUGAAAAUCAGUUUGUAUAGCUGUAUCUACUAUAAAUCUAGUUCCUUGUUGAAAGGGAGCAAAGCAACAUCAGAUUAAGGUGUCUGUAUCCUGUUGCAAAGAAAAUGCUGAUCAUAUACAGUCCUAACGAAUCACAAAAUAUUUGUGUUAAGAUAGCGCUUUCAUAAAGCAAUGCUGUUCAAUAUCUUAUUUAAAGAUAUGCUGGUGACUAGUGUAGAAAGCUAUUGUAGAAAAUAAGUAGGAUAAUGUGUAAAUUGUGUGAGAGUCUAUGGCAAUUAUGAAAAAGAUAUAGAAUUAAUAUUUAAAUAUCUGAAUAUAAUUCUAACAUAUCUUGGUGAAUGUUUAGCAAUCUUAUGAUCAGGUUUACCAAUAUACAGCAAUGAAGGAUAAUGCCUUCAAGUAUGAGUGCUGAAAAAUAUGUAUAAAGUAUUUUAACAUCACCUUUAAUGAUGGCUAUUUUUUUUUAACAAUUGAAGUAAUAUCAUAGAUAACAUCCUAAAAUGGUGAUCCAAAGAAUGUUUUUUAUUUGCACUGUCUGUGAAAUAGAAAGAGAAUGUAUUAAAAAUACUGCUACAUUUGUGAAAACGUUCAGUAGCAGUACGCCAAAGUGCACACUUGCUACAUAACUAGGUCAGUUAGAUUAUUAAAGAUAAAAUGUAAUCUGUGAAGUUUCAGAAAUAUUUAAAUAUAUGUAUUUAGCAACUGAGAAUACAUCUUAAGUGAUAGGAGUCACACUUACAAGAAAUUGGACACUGCUUUUUAGCCGUUACUUUUCUUAUGAAUAUACAAGCCUCUUGCAGCCUAUGAUAAACGUGACACUCUAUCUCUUAAGGUACCUUUACAAGAAAGAUAAGGGGUGGAUUGAAUUUUCAAGCAAGGCAUUUUGAAAUUUACUAAAGAGAUGUGCUAGUGGGUUAUAGUCUGUCAGACACUGCUUUUGUGGAGUUGGCUUUUGAAAGGAGUGUUGAUUGUGAAAAUAUGUCUAGUGGAUAUGUAUUCAAGUGUUCUUAUGAUGGACUUGAAAGGAAGAGGGAGUAAAGGUGAACACUGCCUUAUAAUCCAUGUUAGCCUUAUAGCAGAGAAUUGCAGUGAGGGUGCACUACAUUACACAGUGUGCUUUCUGUAUCAUAAUUUAUAAAAAUGAAGUGCCAGUCUGAGUUUUACAUCUUUAUGUAAUGGUUUUAAAUUAUUUGUUCUAGCACUAUUAUUAUUUUAGCUUCAAAUAUGCUGUGCGGUUUUCAAAGAACUUCUGUUUAAAGAAAGAAUAAACGUGUAGUGCCAUAUAUAUCACCCCAAAUUAUUAUUCCUGCAGAUGGUUGUAGAAUCUGGAUAGAUUAAAAAUAAAGUGGAAUAUAUAUGGUCA